AUGAACAACUUUCGUCGUCUGCUCGGCUUUGCGAGAAGUCCCUUGUAUCGACGGGUUCUGCCAGCUGCGAUUGGUGGAUUCGGUACUUAUAUGCUGCUCCAAGCCGACCCGAGCAACUUCCUUCGUGGUGGUGUCACUUUCUCCCGCAACUUCGCCUCCUUUCCCAUUAUGACCACGCAAGCGGAAGCCAAAUUCAAGUGUCAAGACUUAGUUGUCUCUGAAGACAAGACCAACGGUCUCUUUCUCAUCCUCCAUAUCCAUCCCACUGCCUCACCUCAUGAGUGUAUCAAAGCGCUUCAGAAGUUGCAGGCCCACAUUGAUCGCGUUUCUCCGGUCGAUAUCAGGGACGAGGACAGCGAGAUCAUUAUGAGUAUCGCAUUUGGGGCCGACUUUCUCUCCAAGGUUUACCCUGAUGCAGUCAGCAAGGGGGUUGAACCGUACCCGUUCAAUGAGCGCAAGGGAAAGUCCUCCCUAAUGCCUGCCACCGGUGGCGACAUUCUCAUCCACGCCGCCUGUGGCGAGAAGGGCAAGCUCUUCGAGCUGGUCCAAGCUGUGCUCGGCGACAUGCCUGAGAAGGCCGUCCAGCGCGUCGAGGAAGUCUACGGCUUCGUGUACCGCAACGGUCGCGAUCUCAGCGGCUUCAUUGAUGGUAGUAAAAUUGAUAUGAACCUCGUGGCUGAUUGUCCUGAAAUUUAUCUUAUCCCAUCACUGUUGCAUUUCGUUGCCAUAGGAACCGAGAAUCCAGCCGACGAGGACGAGCGCAUCGAGGUUGCCGUGAGCAGCAAGACCGGUGGUAGCUACGUCCUGACCCAACGCUGGAUCCACGACCUGCGCAAGAUCGCCACUGAAUCGGAAAAGGCAAUGGAAGCUCACAUUGGCCGCACACGACCAGACAGCAUCGAAAUCAAGCCCGUCCAGCCGACAUCGCAUGUUGGUCGGAUGACUCAUGGUCUGUCGGAGGAGGCGGCUGAGGAGAGGCGCAUUGUGCGUCACUCGAUGCCGUACGGUGAAGCGUCGCGCGAAUGCGGCCUCUUCUUCAUCGCCUACGCGAAGAGCCCCGAGACGCUGGACUGGAUGCUCGAUCGGAUGGCCGGCCUCACGCACGACUCCAUCGAGGACGCCCUCUUCCACUUCACGCGCCCCGUCACCGGCGCCUACUUCUACUCGCCCAGCAAAGCCGAACUCGAGGAAAUCUUUGCGAAAAUGGGCCACAAACGCGGCGGCCUCUGGUGA